AUGUUCGGUGGUUGCCAGAAUAGCCUUAAACCAGUCGGCAGCAAUCAGACCCUGGCGUUGGCCACCACGGCCGCCGCCGCGAUGGUGUCGGUGGAGCCUGAAGCCCCCCAGGGGCCUUCGGCACCCAGCGUCCAGCCCUGCCACGUGCUGACCUUCUCCCCGAUCAAAAUUCCGGUCUUGGCUUCGCCUUUCCCAGGUUCUGCCUCCAGAAUGGAUGCUCACGUGGGUGCUUUGAUGCCGACGCAAGUGACCCGGGUAACUGCUGUGUCUGCGCCGGCGGUGACCUUCAUGGCAACCAAUUUGAUGGAUCAGACCUUAGCAGAGAGUGGCAAAGAAUCGAGUAGAUCCUCCUGCCCACCGACCUUGAUUUUACACACGGAGAGGAAGAGUACCCCUGCGGAGAGCGAUGGCGAUAAGGGUCAUUCUUUUAAACUAGUGAAUGAAGAUGACAGCACAUCGAACGGCAACAGGCCCGUGGCAUCCACUCCAGUGCCAGGAUCACCAUGGUGUGUAGUCUGGACUGGAGAUGACCGGGUCUUCUUCUUCAACCCUACAAUGCAGCUGUCAGUCUGGGAGAAGCCAGUGGACCUGAAGCACCGCGGCGACAUCAACCGGAUCAUCGAGGAUCCUCCUCACAAGCGCAAGCUAGAAGCUGCAGCAACAGACAAAUGUGUUAGUUCUUGUCCAGGGGAUGAAAAUGAUGAUCUUAGCAUCAAAACUAAGAGAAAUAAAACAGAAGAUUCCCAAGCUGCUGACCAGGGGGAGGCUGAAACGGAGGAGAAAAACGAGGAGACGUCAGCCCCUCAGAUCACGCCUCCCCUAGAAGAGCGCAUCACUCAUUUCCGAGACAUGCUUCUGGAGAGGGGGGUUUCAGCAUUUUCUACAUGGGAAAAAGAGUUACACAAGAUAGUAUUUGAUCCCCGCUACCUUCUGCUAAAUUCGGAAGAACGAAAGCAGAUAUUUGAACAGUUUGUCAAGACCCGGAUCAGAGAAGAGUAUAAAGAAAAGAAAAACAAGUUGUUGUUAGCCAAAGAAGAAUUCAAAAAGCUCCUUGAAGAAUCCAAGUUAUCGCCAAGAACAACGUUUAAAGAGUUUGCGGAGAAGCACGGAAGAGAUCAGCGGUUUCGCCUUGUUCAGAAGAAGAAGGACCAAGAGCAUUUUUUCAAUCAGUUCAUACUUGUUCUUAAAAAGAGGGACAAAGAAAACAGGAUAAGGCUACGGAAAAUGAGGUAA